CAAUUUGAAAGUGAUAAUAAAUAAUAAAAUGGCAAAAGGAGGAAAGAGCAGAAGUUAAAGCAAAUCAGGAAAAAGUAAAUUCAAUUGAUAUAUAAUUUAUUAGAAAGUGGAUCAGCCACAAAAAAAAUUAAAAAAUAAGCUCCAGCAGCCUCACCUGCAAAGGUUGAUAUUGCAGCACCUGCACCAAAGACUCCAGUUGCAUCUGCAAAGAAGGAUUCUGCAAAAAAAUCUACUCAAAAGAGUACAUAAAAAAGCACUUAGAAAUCAGUAAAGAAGAGUGCAGUUAAGAACUCAAACAAGAAAGGCAGUGCUUAAAAAGGAAAGAGUGGAAACAAAGCAUGAUGAUUA